GUUCCUCAUAUUCCCAAAAUUGCUGAAAAAAAAAGUAAUCGCCAUUCAAUCCAAGAUGUACCAGGAGACAUUGAACAGACAUCACAGGAUAAAGGAAAUAAGAAAAUUAAAGCAAAUACCGUUUCAGGUGGAAGAAACAAAAUCAGGAAAAUUUUGGAUAAAACACGAUUAGUAUCCUGCCUCCAAAAACUGUUCAGUGAUGGAGGCCUCAGCCAAUCACAAGAUGAUAGCAUUGUGGGAACAAGGCAUUGUCGACACAGCCUGGCUAUAAUGCCUAUUCCUGGAACACUCUCAUCCAGCAGCCCUGAUCUCCUACAGCCUACCACCAGCAUGUUGGAUUUUUCCAAUCCUUCAGAUAUUCCUGACCAAGUUAUAAGAGUUUUCAAAGCAGAUCAACAAAGUUGCUACAUUAUCAUCAGUAAAGACACAACAGCUAAAGAAGUAGUUUGUCAUGCUGUUCAUGAAUUUGGCUUGACUGGUGCAUCUGACACAUAUUCUCUCUGUGAAGUUUCUGUUACUCCUGAGGGUGUCAUAAAGCAGAGAAGACUUCCGGACCAGUUCUCCAAAUUAGCUGAUAGAAUUCAACUCAAUGGAAGGUAUUAUUUAAAAAAUAACAUGGAAACAGAAACAUUAUGUUCAGAUGAAGAUGCUCAAGAACUAGUUAAAGAAAGUCAGCUAUCCAUGCUGCAGCUCAGUACCAUUGAGGUGGCGACCCAGCUAUCAAUGAGGGACUUUGAUUUAUUUCGUAAUAUUGAGCCUACUGAAUACAUUGAUGACCUUUUUAAGUUAGAUUCCAAAACAGGAAAUGCUCACUUGAAAGAGUUUGAGGACAUUGUAAACCAAGAGACAUUUUGGGUUGCCUCAGAGAUUUUAACUGAAUCUAACCAGCUCAAACGAAUGAAGAUUAUUAAGCAUUUUAUUAAAAUUGCUCUUCAUUGUCGAGAGUGUAAGAACUUCAAUUCUAUGUUUGCAAUAAUAAGUGGCUUGAACCUGGCACCUGUAGCACGACUCAGAGGUACUUGGGAAAAAUUACCAAGCAAAUAUGAGAAACAUCUCCAAGAUCUACAGGACCUUUUUGACCCAUCUAGAAACAUGGCAAAAUACAGAAAUAUCCUUAGUAGUCAGAGCAUGCAGCCUCCAAUUAUCCCUCUCUUCCCUGUCGUCAAGAAAGACAUGACAUUUUUGCAUGAAGGAAAUGACUCCAAAGUAGAUGGUUUAGUAAACUUUGAGAAGCUAAGAAUGAUUGCUAAGGAAAUUCGUCAAGUUGUCCGAAUGACUUCUGCUAACAUGGACCCAGCUAUGAUGUUCCGACAGAGGAAGAAGAGGUGGCGGAGUCUGGGGUCAUUGAGUCAAGGCAGCACAAAUUCAAACAUGCUGGAUGUUCAGGGAGGUGCUCACAAAAAACGAGCACGCCGUAGCUCUCUGCUUAACGCUAAGAAGCUGUAUGAGGAUGCCCAGAUGGCAAGGAAAGUGAAGCAAUAUCUUUCUGGUCUGGAUGUAGAGACUGAUGAAGAAAAGUUCCAGAUGAUGUCAUUGCAGUGGGAGCCUGCGUAUGGUACCUUGACCAAGAAUUUAAGUGAGAAAAGAUUAGCCAAAUCAUCUGAAAUGUCUCCAGUACCUUUGAGGUCAGCUGGCCAAACAACUAAAGCCCACCUGCAUCAGCCCCACAGGGUGAGCCAGGUGCUCCAGGUGCCAGCUGUUAACUUGCACCCCACCAGGAAGAAGGGACAAGCAAGAGACUCUGCACUGAGUGCAUGUUUACCUCAGAAAGCUAUAGGGCCAACUGAAGAAGUAAGUAGUAAGAAACAUACAGAAGACGCAAUUUCAGUGGCUUCAUCUUUACAUUCCAGUCCUCCCGCAUCUCCUCAAGGCUCCCCUCGCAAAGGUUAUACACUUAUACCAUCAGCUAAAUCUGACAACUUGUCUGACUCCAGCCAUAGCGAGAUUUCUUCACGGUCCAGCAUUGUGAGCAACUGCUCUGUUGACUCCAUGUCUGCAGCUCUACAGGAUGAUCGGUGUUUGUCCCAGCCCCUGACAGUCCCUGAAUCCACAGGGGCAUUGGAAAAGACAGAUCACCCUCCAGGGAUAGGAGACCACAGUCAACUUGGUCCUGGGUGGACACUCAUAAAACCAUCUUUAAUCAAGGGUUUAGCCAUCUCGUCUUCUGUGAGCAAUGAAGAGAUUUCUCAUGAGCAUGUUGUUAUAGAAGCGGCCGACAGUGGUCGAGGAAGUUGGACUUCCUGUUCAAGCAGCUCACAUGACAACUUCCAAAGCCUUCCAAACCCAAAAAGCUGGGACUUUUUGAACUCUUACAGACAUACCCAUUUGGAUGACCCCAUUGCUGAAGUUGAACCCACUGACUGUGAGCCCUGUUCCUGCCCUAAAGGCUGCUCAAGAACUUGUGGACAGUGUAAAGGAAGCCGAGAGACCAGUCAGCUGAGACAGAGUUGGGCAUCUUCCAGUUCUCUGUCUGACACAUGUGAACCAAACUAUGGGACAAUCAAGCGGAGAGUGCUGGAGAGCACCCCUGUCAUCUUGAACCCCAAGGAUACCACCGACCCUGUUUAUAAAACUGUUACUUCAAGUACAGAAAAGGGCUUAAUUGUGUACUGUGUCACCUCACCCAAGAAGGAUGAUAGGUAUAGGGAGCCACCUCCUACUCCUCCAGGAUAUAUGGGAAUUUCUUUAGCGGACCUAAAAGAAGGACCCCACCCGCACCUAAAACCUCCAGAUUAUAGUGUGGCAGUGCAGAGGUCAAAGAUGAUGUACAACAGCCUUGCUGGGCUGCCACCAGCUUCUCUCAGUAGCAACCCUGGGGCCUGUGUUCCAUCGAAGAUCAUAACCCAGCCUCACAGGCAUAAUUUGCAUCCAUCCCAUCCCAAGCUAGAUGUGACUGAUGCAGAUAGCGAAGCGGACGAAAAUGAACAGGUGUCAGCAGUCUAGCGUUUGGAUGACCCAUUUCAAGACCACUGAAGAGGCAUCAAGGAAUGGCCAGAGUCCCUUACGAGUCUACAGGCCAUUACCAACAAAUAGCUCGCUGCUGCUGCUGCUGCUAACCCAGAGGUUUCGUUCCCUGUGCUCUGAGCAAUGAGAUAAACCUGAGUCAGACUUCCUUUCAUUUAAUCCCGAAGAUGCUUUGUUUCCUCAGCUAUGGAUACUGGACCUGGAUACCAGUCUACACUUUGCACAGCACACCUGUCUUGGGACCACAUGACAGAAAAAAAUGCAAACUCAGAGUCACCCCCAUGUAUAUCACUAUAAACUUUCCUUUCUCAAUUUAUUUUAAAGAUAGUAGUAUUGUUAUUUCCAAGCCAUAGCUUGGGCUAAACGACAAAUUUAAAAUGUCUGCCAGUACCAAGGAUACUCUUGGGUAUUUGAAAAAUAAUUUAUUAUUUGAAGUUUGUAGUUUUGUUUAUAUUUGGGAGCUCUUAUUAGCUGAUGUGUGUUUGUUUGAGGCCAUAAAACUGUCACUGGUCCAACCAAACAGAAGACAUCUUUGCAGAGGUGAUUGAUACAGAGAUGUAACUUGACUGGUAGCACAAAUGUAGUGGAGGGUCUCAGUUUUAGGAGACCAGGAGGAGGCCUUUGCAGUUGAAGUGUUAGGAACCUGCAGAUCAUGGUCCAAAAUGAAGCUGCCACAGGGUUUCUUGUCAGUCCUUUCAGAAAGGGCAGAGGAGGUAGCAUGGGUAGGUAGUAAUUUGUUUCCCAAGAAUGGAAUUUUGAUGUUAAAUAACAUAUAUGCAAAUUAAUUCUGAAGUAGAAAUCAUGCUGCAGCUAACUGUAAAUGAACAGUAUAAACCCAGUAAAUAGAGAAUGAGUUCCAGAACAUUCUGCUCCUAUAGAAACCUUAAACUAAAAUUUGUCACAAUUAAGUACAGAGUUCUUAGUUUAAAAGAAGUAUGGCCAUAGGUAUCACAGUGAGUAAAAUGAAUUUGACUUUAUGAGAAUUCUGCACCAUACCACCCCCACAUCUCACAGUACUGGUUUGCAUCCAGUCUUGAUAAACUCCACUUUGAGCCUGUCCGUAAAGCUCAGUAGCCCACCAAGGGAUAUAGUUGGCUAAAAAUGCUGUGGAAGGAAGAGGAGCUAGAAUUACAGAAAUAGAUUAUCUCUUGGUUCUCAUUUUAUCCUGGAGAGGACAUGCCUUUCUGGCCUCUUGGGCAAAACUCUUAAUUUAAUUUAAGUAUUUAAUUAAAAUGUCUGUGACUAUUUGCUGAAUGAAGUAGAUUUUUCACAUUUUUAUGAAUUAAACAAUGCUUUAUAUAAAGUUUAUUUUUGUUCAUUUGCUUCUUAGUGUAAAGGCAAGUGAGAAUUCAUAAACUUCUGUGAUUGCCAAUUAUAAUAGUAUAAUAAAAAACCAAAGCCAUUAAUAUGCACUACCCAGAUUAACUUGGAGCCAAAAUGGGAUUACUAC